AUGAAUCGUGCAAGUUCUUUGGCUUCACAACUUGCCGUUGUAAUUCAUCGUCGGAAAUUCGGUGGCCGGUUUUCUAUAUUGAAUAGGCCAGAUAAAUACAAUGCCUUAAAUUUGGAAAUGGUUAGGAGUAUUACACCACAGCUACAGGCGUGGAAUGAGUCAAAUCUAUGUAAAGUUAUUAUACUUAAAGCGACCGGGGCUAAGGCCUUUUGCGCAGGAGGUGACGUGAGAGAAGAAUACCAAUUAAAUCAUCUUUUGGCAACUCUAGAUAAACCAUUUGUUGCAUUGAUGAAUGGGAUAACAAUGGGUGGGGGCGUUGGACUUUCUGUUCACGUGCCAUUUCGCAUAGCAACCGAAAACACCAUAUUUGCUAUGCCUGAAACACAAAUCGGAUUUUUUCCUGAUGUUGGUGGAUCAUUCUUCCUGCCAAGGAUGGAUGGUGCGACAGGAACUUAUUUAGCGCUGACAGGAACGCGAUUAAAAGGGAUCGAUGUUUUUCAAUCUGGAGUUGCUACACAUUAUAUACCCUCUGAGCGUCUUCCUCACUUGGAAGAACGACUAUGUGAAUUAGAAAGUGAUGAUCACGAAGUAAUAAACGCGGCUAUUGAAGAUUUUGUCGCAGAACCUGAUAAAGAAAUGCGGUAUUCGCUUUUUGGCGAUAUUCGAAGUGCUAUUGACCGUCUUAAUACUGUCGAGGAAAUAAUUGCCGCACUGGAAAAAGAGAAUACUCCCUGGGCACAAGAAACCAGAGAUACUAUUUUGAAAAUGUCGCCUACUAGUUUAAAGGUUACAUUACAUUUAAUGCGUGUCGGAAAGAAACUCAGUAUCGCUGAUUGUUUUAGCAUGGAGUACCGAUUAGCUCAAAAAUUUUUGGAAAAAUCGGACUUUGCAGAAGGAGUAACUGCGCGCCUUAUAGAAAAACGAGACAACCCAAGCUGGAGUCCACCAACGCUAGAACAAAUAUCCAAUGCCGAAAUCGAAAACUUUUAUUUCAAAUCACCCGCACACUCGGAUAUUCUAAACCUACUAAACCCGCGCACAUUUCUCCAAUACCCACACGCGAAAUUCGGUCUGCCAACCGAAUCAGAUAUUAAAAAAGUCGUCACUGGGCAGAAUCGCGAUGUUGGUCCAUUGGCAAUGACCAAAAAAGAGAUUGUGGAUUUCUUUUUGAAGGAUCGAAAGGGAAAGAUUGGGACUCGUGAAAAGGUGAUUGAAGUGUUAGACCGAAAGACGAGGAGCGCUAAUGAUGGGAGUGAGUAUGUUCGGUGGGUUAAUCAUGACGAUGUUUUUGAUAAUGAUACAGAACAAAGGUAA